AUGACGAUGACCUCGAACGAGCGGAGAGCGGCUACUGCGCCCUCAUCACCCGUGGGUACCUCACUCAGGGCGGCCAAGAGGAGCCUGUCCAGGCUGGGGAGGAAACACAGCAAUGGAUCUGUCCAGUCCAGCUCGUCGGGUGGCACCGCUCGCUCAGCGGAGGGCGUGGGUGUCAGACAACCAGCCAAGAACAAGAUCCGCCGGCACCAGCAUCGGCUGUCCAUGUUCGGCCGCGGAGAGACGGCGACCGCUGGAGAGGAGCCGGCGGUAACAGACGACCCCUCAGAACUGUCCAGUCACGUCACGGCACCGGGUAUCCUGAAGAUCUUCGGCAACGAGAUCUGCCAAGGUGCCAACUAUAAGAGCGUCCUGGCUACAACCCACUCCAGUGCCAAGGAGCUGGUAAAGGAGGCGCUCGAGAGAUACUCCUUAAACAAAGAAGACGCCGACGCCUACGUGCUGUGCGACGUCAUCGGCUGCCUGACAGAGCGCGAGUGGAGAAGCGAGUGCGUCCGCCUGGUAGGGGACAACGAGCGGCCGCUGCUCCUGCAGUCCCUGUGGAAGCCGAGGGAGGGCUACGCGCGGCGCUUCGAGAUCCAUCGGAGAGCCAGCGUGGAGGAAAAGAUCUCCAGAGACAAGGACACGGUGACAGCAGGUAUUAACGCUCAGGCGCGGCGGCUGCAGAAGACGCGCUCUCGUGGAAGGUCCGUGGUGUUCGACACCGGCGCCGCGCCGGCCGCCACGCCCGGUCUGUGCAGGAGUCUGAGCGAGGCGGAUCUACGUACCGCCCCCGAGCCCCAUCGCAGCCUUAAGAGCCAACAGGGCGUCGACGCCCCCGAGACCACGACCCACAAAGAGCCUCCCUGUGCAGCCGGCGAAACAGAGGAGGCGAGGAGCGGCGAUGACAGGCGCACACAGUACUCCAUUCACCCGCCCCGGCACCUCCCGUACUUCCUGCUGCUGCAGGGCUUCAGUUACAGACAGGAUUUCGUGAUCUACCCCCUCAGUACGAGCACCACUGUUUUCGGUCGUGACGUCCAGCGAUCCGACGUCGAUUCAGGAGCGACGCUCUGGGCUCCCGACAUCCGAGCACGUCACUGCAGCGUCCAGCGUCUGGCAUCUCCGCACCAGAACCCGCCGGUCGGAAAGGAAGCGCAGGUGACCGUCCUGACCCCCCAUCAGGGAGCUCCGGUCAGGAGGAACGGGAUUAUCGUGGACCGGGACGUCACGCUGCACCCGGGAGACGUGGUUGCCCUGGGCGACCAUUACAUCUUCAUGUUCAAGGAUCCGGGCGGUGAGAGCGAAGCGGCUCGGAGUUCUCCGUCCACGUCAUUUCUCCUCUCUCAGACUCCCGGCACUCCGGAGGAAUCCCUGCCCUGUUUGAGGGACGCAGGAGGCCGAGAGCUUCACCUCCUCCAUGACGUGGAACAUGAAGCCCUGAUCCUGAAGGAGAUCUUUAGGUGGGUAGAUGAUGGUGAAGGUGCCCAAGGGGUCACCCCGGCAUUCCUGCUGUGUUUGUGCCUCCAGCGCUCGGCCACAUGUUUCCCCAUGACCGACCUGAGACGACUUCUGCUGCAUGUAGCCAACGACGUUCAGACGGUGGUGCUGGAAAAAGCGAAAGAUCUCGCAGCUCUUCAGCCUGAAACUGAGGACGGCGGCUCUGAGACGUUAUUACCAAACGCUCCUGAGAAGUUCCUGAGCGGCCUGCAGCCCCUCGUGAUGUGGAUGUCCAACUCAGUGGAGCUCCUGCACUUCAUCCAUCAGGAGGUUCCUCGUUUACUGUACGAGCUCUCACGCCUGGAGGAGGAGGAGGAGGAGGACUGUCUGGCCGUCCUGGAGCUGCGCUUGUCCACGGUGCGUCCGGCCAGCGAGGAGGCCAUGACGGUUCUGGAGGACAUCAUAACCUUCACCUUCCAGCAGUGCGUCUAUUACCUGACCAAGCUGUUGUACCAGAUUCUCCCGUGCCUGUUAGAGAGCAAUCCUUUCUCAGAGGACGGCCUGGUCCAGGUCCCUGAGGGAGCCGCCACCCUGCUGGACCUUUUAACCGAGACGCUGAGUCUGGUCAGAACCUGCCACAUGCACCCUGAGAUGGCGUCACAUCUCUUCACCUACCUCUUCUUUUUCAUCAACACCUUCCUGUUCAACCUGCUGAUGGAGAAAGGAUCUGGAGGGCGUUUUUACCGCUGGUCCUGUGGGGUUCAGAUCCGAGCUCAUCUGGACGUGCUGAUGGACUGGGCUUACACGGCCGGACUGGGAGAACUGGCUCAGAGACGCUUCCUCAAACUCUCCUCCGUUGUCAAUCUGCUGGCCACCACUAGAGAGCGCCUGCUGCAGGCGUCUUGGAGUUCUCUGAGAGCGGAAUUUUCCUCACUGAACCCAGCUCAGCUGCACCACCUACUGACCGAGUACGACCCGCGCUGGUCCUGCCCGCCUGCAUGGACGCCAACCGGUGAUGAUGCCGAUGCAGCAUGUCAGACUACUGAUAUUGUGGAGAGUUUUGAUGACCACCCACCGCUGGUCCUGCCCGCCAACGGCUUCCUGCUGGAGUUAAAGCUACCGGUGGGAGAUACGGGUCUCAUAAACCAGCUCCACCAUCUUCAGACCUUCAUCGAGAAGCUUACAGAUCCAGGAUCAGACGUUCACACGCCUCGCCGGGUAAGAGGGGAAUCCGCCGCACCCCUGGAGGCCAAACGCACCAGAAUGGAGGUUCCUCCCCGAGCCUACCUGGAGCAGAGACACACCGAGGUCGUUCUGCGUAACAACGACGAACCGUCGAGCUUUACGGUCCCGACGGACCGGACCGUCGGUGAACUCUUACUGAACCAAAAGCUGACGGCUUUAGCACUGCAGACCAACGGAUCCGUACAGGACUCGACCCCUGACACGUCGUGCUUACUGACCCCGCCCAACACUCCGCUCUGCUCGGACCUGAUGAAGACGGAGACGGAAUAUCAGGAUUUGGAUCCACGGAGCUGUGAUGAGACCAAGCGAGAGGAAGGUGACGGUGAGAAUAAUGACGCAGGCGAUGAUGAGGUGUUUGUGGUGGAGCUGCAGAAGGGUCCUGCUGGACUGGGACUGGCUCUGGUCGAUGGGGUGGAGACGCCCUUCAGAACGAGAGGGAUUUAUAUUAAAUAUGUGACCCCGGGUUCUCCAGCAGCUCUGUGUCAGAAACUGAAGCCCGGAGAUCGAUUACUGGCCGUGAACGGCCUCGAACUGGUCGGCCUGGACUACCACACUGGUCGGGAGCUCAUUCAGAAAGCUGGAGAUCCGGCUCAGUUGCUGGUUGCUCGGACUGAAAGAAUAAACGAAGACAUGGUGCUUAAACACUAA